CCCUCUCGCUCCCUCUCUCUCUCUCUCUCUGCUCUUUCUCUCUCUCUCUGUCUCUCUCGCUCUCCCUCUCUCUUUCUCUCUCUCGCUCUCUCUCUUUCCCUCUCUCUCUCUGCUCUUUCUCUCUGCUCUUUCUCUCUCUCUCUCGCUCUCUCUCUCUCUUUCUCUCUCUCGCUCUCUCUCUCUCGCUCUCUCUCACCUGAUUCUUAACCUGCAUCAUGUUACUAAUCCAUUCCUUUAAUUCCCCCUCUCGAGAACCCAUCCCAGCCUGGACUGGAAGGCAAUCGAUUAGCGUUGUCAGUAAAAGCUCCGCGUCAGAGUCUCGCAGGCUGCUAUAUAAAGCCCCGCCAGUGCAGUAGCAUCCUCACAGAAGUCUCUUCACAGCAGUGGCAGCACUCCAGUCUCUCUCUCUGGUCUCUUCUCUCCUCAACGAUCAUGAGCUCCAUCGGUUACAACCCCUAUUAUCCAUCCACGCAGCGGAAACGGGUGGUGUUGCGCAGCGGGGCGGGCAUGGGGGGAGGAAGCGGUCGUUCCCGUACCCUCUACUCGAGCUAUUCAUCCCCAGCCCGUGGCCCCGUUUUCUCCUCCGCUGGGGCCAUGCAUCUUUCCGCUGCCUCGGCGGAUCUGGACCUGAGCCAGUCUUCUCAGCUGAACACCGAGUUCAAGACGGUGCGGACCCAGGAGAGGGCUCAGCUUCAGGGCCUGAACGACCGCUUCGCCAGCUUCAUCGAUCGAGUGCACGGGUUGGAGCUCCAGAACCGUGCGCUGGAGGCCGAGCUUCUCCUGCUGCGCCAGAGGCACUGCGAGCCCUCUAAUCUCAAGGGGUUCUACGAGCAGGAGGCCAGGGACCUGCGUGCAGCGGUGGAUGAGGCCCGUAGGGAGCGCCAGGCCGCUCAGGAGAGACGGGACCGUCUGGAGGAGGCCCUGAAGGCUCUACAGAGUCGUUACGAGGAUGAAAUUCUGGGCCGCGAAGCGGCGGAAGGCCAGCUCAUGGAUGCCAGGAAGGGGGUGGAUGAUGUGUCGCUGGCCUGCUCCGAGCUGGACAAAAGGGGCGACACUCUGUUGGACGAGCUGGCCUUCCUGAAGAGACUCCAUGAGAACGAGAUCGCCGAGCUGCAGGCCCAGGUGCAGUACAGCGCCCAGAUGUCGGUGGAGAUGGAGGUGUCCAAACCGGACCUCACUGUGGCUCUCAAAGAUAUCCGUUCGCAGUACGAACGCCUGGCGCAGCAGAACAUCCAGGCGGCGGAGGAGUGGUUCCAUGGGAAGGUGAGCACCAUGGCGAAUGACACGGCCAAGCACUCGGACAACAUCCGCACGAUCAAAGACGAGGCGGGAGAGUAUCGGCGCCAGCUGAAAGCUCGGGACCUGGAGAUCGAAGCGUGCCAAGGUAUCAAUCAAGCUUUGGAGAAACAACUGCAGGAGGUUGAGGAUAAACAGAGCGCAGAGAUCGCAGAAAUGCAGGAUGCCAUCAGUGACCUGGAUACCGAGCUCAGGACCGUGAAGAAUGAAAUGGCCCGAUAUCUCAAAGAGUAUCAGGAUCUCCUCAAUGUAAAAAUGGCCUUGGACAUUGAGAUUGCGGCUUACAGGAAGCUUCUAGAAGGAGAAGAAACACGCUUCAACGUUGGAGGUAUCGGCGGCUUCUCCAGCGUGUUUUCUCCCUCUAUAGCUGCUACGCCUUCUUUUGGGCGCCCUGUGUUUUCCGUGCAGGCCAGCCUGUCCUCCGGCGCCCCCUAUCUACUGGGAACCAGAUUGAUGAGCUACUCCGCCAUAACAGAUGACAUUAUAGAAGCCAGACAGGCACAGGAAGCCGGAGCAAUGCCUGAAGAAGAGGAGGAAGAGAAGGAGGGCGACGAGGAAGAGGAGGAGGGAGAGAAGGAAGGUGAGGAAGAAGAGGAGGAAGAAGAAGCAGAAAAAGAGGAAGAGGAGGGAAAAGAGGAGGGUGAAGAGGGAGGAGAGGAAGAAGGCGAGGACGAAGAAAAACAAGAAGAGGAAGAAGAUGCUGAGGAAAAGGACGGUGGAGAGGGCGAGGAAGGGGACGGGAAGGAAACGGAGGAUGACAAUGGAAAAGAAGAGAAGGACGGAGCUACCCUGCUGGGAAUGCAAAGAUUUGCAGAACUGGCCCUGACACGUCUCAUCGAGUGAUCGCGUCUGAAUAAGAUAAAAGCAAAUGCAGUUACGGAUGGGGAGAGGUGGUCCCACUUGUGACGUGGGUUGG